UGUUGUCGUUAUCGGCCUAUCGAAUAGUCUCGAAUUUUGCAUUGAGUUUUUUGGUAUUGCAGCUCGUUCCAAAUGUUUUUAUUGCCAUAAAACAUGGUAAAUGUUAUGAAAGGCGUGCUUGUGGAAUGUGAUCCGGCUAUGAAACAAUUUUUGCUACAUUUGGAUGAGAAGCUGGCGUUGGGUCGCAAAUUUAUCAUACAGGACUUGGACGAGAAUCAUCUGUUCAUCUCCACGGACAUUGUUGAGGUGCUACAGGCGCGCGUUGAUGAGUUAAUGGAUCGCAUCAACUUUCCAUUGCACGAGAAGGACGCCUAAAUAUUAUUUUAAACAC